GGCCGGAUUUUGUGGCUUCCUCCGUUCGAAGAAGUGCCUACGGGCGCAGUUCAGCGAGUGCGGGGGAAGGGACCGGUGGAUGAGAAGAUGUUUAACCAUCCUGUCGUAAUUUGUUCCCGGCCAUGGGAGGCUUCGAAAGGGCAGGACAUAUAUGGCUCGAUGGUUCAUUUCCACGUCAUUACAUCGUUUGGCGGCAAGACCUUGACAGAGAUGUACGGCAAGACAUCCGAUUUCCACCGGAACAAACGUCUCGGUUACCUCCCCAUCGACCCAGCCCCAGCACACCCGGAUGGGCUUCCGUCGUUAUUCUUGAGUGCGGGAUCCCAAUUGCGGUGGAAUUCGUACGUCAAUGUUGCCGAGAUAUAUGCGAUGGAUUUGAACUUCCUCUGGAUGUAUAGCAAUAAGAAGAUGUCUGGGGCGACGGAUUACCACUUGGGGGUGAAAUCUGUGAGACAGCUUCGACGGAGAGCCGAAACUUUGACACAGUAUUACAUCGAUCCACAGUUUGCAGCAGAUUCCAUCCCAGGAAUGACAUUUGGGGCAAGUGGUUUGCAGUCGAACCACCCG